GUGCAUUAUGCAUUUGCGCAAAAUGCAAUGAAAGUGUGUGUACCGUGUAUUACAACGUCUGAACGUCAGGCCAGACGUUAGUUGUAUAUAUAGUAGUAAGCAAUUCUUGAGAGCACAGAGGCAUUAAAGACGCCGUUGAAAUAAUUUCAACCGGAAAAUGUCUGUAGUUUGUGGCAGAUGCAACGAGAAAGAGGCUGUGCUUGAGUGUGCAGACUGUGUGGGCAGUAAGCGUCGUGGUGAAUUGCUACCGCUGUGUGAUGCUUGUAAUGUAUUAAUCCAUGUGGGAUUUCUUAGUGAACACCAGGUGGUCUCUGUGGAAGUCAAACAACAGAAGAAGCUGUUUGAGGACCAACUUGAGAAGUUUAAAAGCUGUGGGAAACACCUGCAGUUGAAACUGAAUGAGGUGUAUUAUGCAAGGCAAGAUAUUGAGCAGAGGUCCCAGUACAAUCAACAAGUGGUCAGCCAGGCCUUGCAGGCCGUAUGGCAAGCCUUGAAACAAAAGGAGAAGGAGCUGACCACUCCAUUGAAAGAAUCCAGCAAGAAGGAGGCCGCGCUUCUAUCGGAAUGCGAGAAGAGAAUCAGUCAAGCUACCUCGGAAUUCAAAAGUUUGAGCACAGAUGCCCAAAAGCUUCUACAAGGAAAUUCACUUGAGUUCGCUCAGCAGUAUGAAGGGUUGAAAAAGAAGCUGGAAGAAUUUGAAAUUGGUGACGUCGGCAGUUCAUUUCCCAGCUUGGGGCCUCCUGCUAGGCUAGAUGUGACUGGACUCCUUCAGAACAUAAAGGAACUCGGCCUAAGGUCUCUGGACACUGGUGAAAUCCCCACGAGCGAUGCUCCAUCCAAGGAUGAGGGAGGAGAAGUUGAGAAAGACCCUUCAUUGCUUGGUGCCCAGGAAAAGAAGAUGCCCGAAUUACAGUCUCCCAAAGAAGGUGACACUCUGCAAGUGUACGUGGAGAGUCGCCUGGACCCCAGAAGUCACUUUUGGGUCAGCCGAAACCUGAGCGAGGAUGCAGCCAACGUCUAUGAGAACCUCAGCUUCAGAAUACGGCAAGAUAUUGUGCAGAAUCCCCUGUCUCAAGUGGAUAUUGAGGAGGGGAUACUGUGUUGUGGGCAGUUCCAAGAGGACCAUCGGUGGUACCGUGGCAGAGUUGAACAGCUAAGAAAGGACAAGGGAUUGGCUCGCAUCAGAUGGCUAGACUACGCUCACGACAAUGAGGUCCCGUUGGCUGCAGUGCAACCUUUGAAAGAGGAGUUUCAGACCCUGCCAUUCCAGGCCCUUGAGUGUAGUUUGUUUGAGGAUCUGGAUGAGGACCUACCCCAUCAAGCCCGCUGGGAGUUCUCUGAUCACACUGCAAAUGUCUUACUUGACUGUGCCAUACUGAAGAAGGUGUCAUCAGCUUUGGAUGGCAAAAGCCAUGUGUACCUGGUUGAACUAAAAAACCCGGACAAAGAAGUCGACAUCAAGGGAGCCGUUGUGCAGAAAGCUGAAGAAGCAACUUCGAAAAAAGACACCAUAAUGUGCAGAGAUAUCCGAUACAUGAAGGACUAUGUGCCACCUGGUGGGAAAUCGGCAGCAGCCAAGAAAGAACCUACCCCUGAGAAAGCAAAAGAAAAGGACAUCAAAGAGCAGGCAAAGAAAGAAUCCCAAGAAGACAAAUCAGUUGAUGAAAGCAAGGAUGCUGAGAAGGAAGAUGAGACCGAGGAGAGCAAGGAAGGCAAAGUGAUGGACAGAGUGACAGAUGCUGCAGAGAGAUCAACAGAACCAGCUGGAGGAGAUAGUGUGGCAGGCCAGAAGGGAAGAGAUGAAGGCCAUGGAGGAAGCGAAACCAGGCAGGCAGAUGCAGACAGCAUGGGAGAGGCAAGACAAGAAGGGGAUUCGGGUAGGAAUCACAAAAUGGGUCAGGAGAGUGAAAAGGAAAUGAUAGUCUCCCAGAGAGGAGAGGGUAGUGACGAUCAGGCUGGGCCAGCGGGGGCAGGAGAAGAACCUGGCACAGUCACCUCCACGGACCUGCAAACAGACAAAUUAACUUCAGUGGACAGCAUUCGAGACAGCAAACGAGAACAGGCUGUGUCAGCAGAGGGUUCUGUCAAUGGACUAUCUCGUAGUUCACCAGGACAGCAAGAAGAUCCCAGAAAUUCUACCUCAAAGACUGAAGUUUCAAAUGCCAGCCUGCCACUGUCAGGACAGACCAGUAGCCCAACAGACCAGAAACCUCCCAGAGAUGAACCUGACGAGCAGCAACACAAGCCUCACCCCAAGAAGCCAGGGGCAGCAGAUGUGGGUGCCUACUUGCUAGAGCCUGGCGACGAAGAUGACGAAGAAGGGGCGGACCAUCACCUGAUCGAACUGCUCGCCAGCCAGGGGGACCGCGCCAUGGCCCACAGCCCAGACAAUGCCUUUGGUGACCGCAGCCCUUGGCUUGGCUCUUCCUACCCCUAUUGCAGCGCAGGUUAUUCUAUGGCUCCAGGCAUCUUUGGUGGGGUGCAGCAUCCGCCAGAAGCUUUGGGACUCAACCCAGUUGUGCCAUCCAUGGACUCCCAUUAUGUGGACAAUGGCAGUAUUGACAUGGUGGAAACACCUAAACCAGACCAAGGCAGCUUCACAGGCGAUGGAUUCAAAAUUGUUGUGGGCUCCAGCUUCAGCGUUUAUGUUGCCACGCCACUGUCCGACAACGGACGCUUCUGGGCAUCCAGACUGAGGGGCCCUGCUCAAGAGUCACAGCUACGCAGACUCAUGCACGACAUCAGCCUUCCAUCAGAGCCCCUGACAUUAGAGCGACUAAAGGAGAUCAAAGUAGUGUGCGUACAGACCCAGUCGGGGCAGUGGUGUCGCGGGAGGGUAGAGGGCUUCGUUGAUGAAAAGGUGCAGGUUCGUUAUGUUGAUUUUGGCCAAGCUGAGGUGGUAGAGGAGCACAGAAUCAAGACACUCCCUGUGGCCGAUCAGCUCUUCCCAUAUCAGGCCAUGGAGUUGAGCAUUGCCACGAGGCAACAGACCCAUUUCUCCGAGCAAGCCAAGAAUGCCUUCCUGAGAUACACCCAGGGCAGGCUGCUGACCGCUAAAGUGGUCGCCACAGAGCCCAAGAGCGUGUAUGUGACCCUUUCCUGCAUGGGUGACAAUCAGCUGUCAUACGAUAUUUCAUCAGCCAUUCUGAGCAUCAACUCUGAGGCAGUGCCGAGCGGUGCGGAAGAAAGACCUGCAGGGAACUCUCGUUGGGGAAGCCGGGAUGAGCAGAACGGACGGCCUGUCAGUGAGGAGUACAGACUGUUAGAGGCCUCUGAUGCUCGUUAUGACCAGCAGUAUGAGGGGCGGUCACAUGACCGAGGCUCAGGUGACCGGUGCUACGUCUGCAACAACUUUGGACAUCUCAGUUACGACUGUCCCAACCGGAGGACUGACAACAGGGAGCGUGGUGAUCGCAGGAACAAGGGAUCCGGUGCCUCCAAAAAGAAUUGGGGAAGAAGGAAUCGCAAGUAUUAGGUACGUCUUUGAGAUGUGGUGAUGCUGAGAGAGGGCACCGGACACAACCAAAGAUAAACUACUCAGGACAGGAAAAAGUGAAUGUUUUGUGAUUGUGUAUUAAAAUUGCCGUAGUUGACAAAAGUUGUUCUCGUUUAGCAUUGAAGGAUUCCUUUUUGUUGUGAUGUUGGAAAAGGUUUUGCUUGUGGCCCAAGCUUGGGUGAAUCAAAGUUUUUUCUACUGUUAUCCUAAUGUUGGCUUCAUACAUUGGCAUUAAGAAAUGCUCAGAAAUCGUUUAAGUUGUUUAUAUUAUUAUUAUUCUUGCCCUAAGAACCACGGUUUUGCAUGAUCAAACUGAGGUGUAAAGAGAACAUUACCUGAGUAGCCAGUGUUUAUGUUCUGGCAGCAAAGUAAAAUUGUAGGAAAGCUAAGGAGAGUUUGGCCAAUUGAUCAUUUUCUUUCCUUAACUAUUUGAUCUUUCAUUUCUUUUAAUAACAGACUACAAAGAGGCAAGUAAUUAGUAUUGACUCUGUUUCGGUUAAGAAUGAAUAAACCAGGGUAUUGCAGUAUCAUCAGCUCA